AUUGAUCUAUUUAACAAUGCGCCUCCAUUAGAAGCGAAAGAUUGCGGUAGUGGUGUAGGCCAUUUCCAUUAGCUAGAGACUAGCAAUGGCUGAUCAUCAGAGAAUCCACCCAGUCGAUCUUGAAGCGCGCCCCACAGCGCCAUUAAUGUCCCGUGACUCGUCAAGAUCGGAGAAAGGUGACCCCCUUCAACAUGACUUCCCUCCUCCGCCUCUCAGGACUUUUCCGGUGAGCCACUCAAAGCCACCGAAGAGGGGUAAUUGUUGCUGCAGGUACUUGUGUUGGACGUUCUGUCUCCUCUCACUUGUGGUCAUCUCCGUCUCAGUUGCCGGCGUCAUUCUUUACAUCGUCUUCCAACCAAAGAUCCCACAAUACUCCAUCGAUCGCCUGAGUAUCACAAGUUUCCAACUCAACUUUGAUGGAAGCCUUCACGCUCAGUUCGACGUUACAAUCACGGCGAGGAACCCGAACGAGAAAAUUGGAAUAUACUACGAGGAUGGAAGCCAGCUUAGUGUUUAUUACACAGACGCUAAGCUCUGUGAAGGGUCUCUACCAGUGUUUUAUCAGGGUCACCGGAACAAGACUGUUCUUGUCGUAGCCUUGACGGGUCAGGCCCCAGAUGGAAGUACCUUGAUGUCGGCAUUGGCAACGCAGCAGCAGACUGGGAGAAUACCGUUGAAUCUUAAAGCCAGAGUGCCGGUGAGAGUGAAGCUUGGGGAAUUGAAGCUGAAUAAGGUGAAGUUCUUGGUCAGAUGCGAUUUGGUGGUGGAUAGUCUGACUGCCAAUGGUUUGGUCAGCAUCAGAACCAGUAGCUGUAAGUUUGGAUUGAGGCUUUGAAUUCUUUGUUAAAUAAUUCCUGUUUUUCUUUUUCUUUUAGAUUAAUUAGAUGGUUGAUUCAUUUUCCCUAAGAGAUGUGGAGAUUUGUUUGUUUCCACACCAUUCAUGUACUCCUUAUUAUACUGAUCAGUAGUAUUGGGAUUCAUUUGUCGGGAAAUCUAUCAGUGA